AUGUCUGCAAUCUCCAAGAUGAGUACGAAAAUAAUGAAGCCUGGCGGCGUCGAAGCCGAUAACUUUGAGACUUCGAUCUCUCAGGCGUUGGUCGAAUUGGAGACCAACUCUGACUUGAAGGCUCAACUUCGGGAGUUAUACAUUACUAAGGCUAAAGAAAUUGAAUUACACAAUAAGAAAUCAAUAAUUAUCUAUGUGCCGAUGCCCAAGCUGAAGCAGUUCCAAAAGAUUCAGAUCCGUUUGGUCCGUGAGCUAGAAAAGAAAUUCAGCGGCAAACAUGUUGUCUUUAUUGGAGACAGAAAGAUCUUACCGAAGCCUAGCCACAAGACACGUGUUGCUAACAAACAGAAGAGGCCCAGAUCUAGAACCCUCACGUCAGUAUAUGACGCUAUCCUCGAAGACUUAGUGUUCCCCGCUGAGAUUGUUGGCAAGCGGAUUAGGAUCAAGUUGGACGGUUCUCAACUCAUCAAGGUGCAUCUUGACAAGAACCAACAGACCACUAUUGAACACAAGGUGGACACCUUCCAAUCAGUAUACAAGAAGCUGACGGGGCGUGAAGUCACAUUUGAAUUCCCCGAACCCUACUUGUAA